UUACUUCGUUUAUUGAUGUCAACUGGAAAUCUACUUCUAUAAUAAUUGAAGUCAUUAGACCUACUUCUUUUCUAGGCUGCAGGAAUUAAGUAGUUCAGAUCUGCCAUUUUAUUUUAUUUUUGGUAGUUUGGGUAAUGUCUUAUGAGAUUUACAUCUCCACGCUACUUUCUGGUUCUAUUUUAAAGUACUUAUAUGAUUUAUGAUAUUGAUGACAUAUAUAAUUUUGGCAUUCAAAAAGUGUCCUGCCUUUGAAAAGGUUUUACUCUGAUCUAUUACACCUCCAUGAAGUUUUUUAGCAAAAAUCUCUAUGAAGUAUCAGUUUUGUGCUUCUUAUCUAGAAGAAUGUCAUUGCUGGUUUUCUGCAAAUUCAUUUUACUGGAUGUGGUACCUAGUUCAGAAUUUUCCUAUUGAAUUUCCUGCUUCUCAUAGUUUUACUUUUCCAAUCAUUGGAUGGGCAACAAAGUUCUCUCAUAUGAUUAUAUUGACUACAAUUGCAUGAGCAAGAUAUGUGUUAAUUAGUAUCGACUGCUACGUUUGAGAGAAUGAAACAGCUAGCAUGCAUGAUGUUACUGACUUGAAGAUGCCCCCACGGGUUCAGUAGAUGAAAUGCUUGUCCUUAUAACUUCAUGACACAUUAUGGAUUUGCAAGAUAGUUUUCUGAUAUUUAUGUUGGCUACAUUUGAAACAUAACCAAUUAUGUUGGUCUCAUCAUUGCUGAGACCUUGCAGAAGGUUUUGCACAACAGGACUUCCUAGUGAUGUUAUUGUCGAAGUUGAAGAAAUGACCUUCCAUCUCCACAAGUUUCCUUUGUUAUCAAAAAGUAGCCUUUUGGAAAGGUUAAUUAAGAACUCUGAUGAAGAGGAUAUUGUGACAAGACAGGCUGAUGUUCCUGGUGGUGCACAAGCAUUUGAACUUGUGGCUAAGUUCUGAACUUGUGGCUAAGUUAAACAUUAAAUUCUUACUUAUGGUUAUUGAAGUUGGUGUUGAGUACGUUGACUUCAUGUGGAUCCUACUCUGUGUUGUGUGCUAUGAAGAAUAGUGUACUGUAA